AAUAUUUUUCCUCCCCAAAUUGAUCCCUUAACAAAUUCCUUCCAAGUACGGACAGCUGUUCAAUUUCCAUUUACCUUCACCAUUUCCGGAUCUAUAUCCACUGUUCCAGUAGAAUAAUAAAGAAAGAUGUCAUCAUCGAUGGAAACCGACCUGCAACUUCCCAACGGCAACAACACCGGCACCGCUCCUGCCGCCGGCAUCGGCGUUGCCGCCACCACAACUCCAUCAUCAAAGAUUGGCCAACUGGCCGAGUCCUUGAAACUGGAACAUCAGUUCCUCCGCGUUCCCUUCGAGCACUACAAGAAGACGAUCCGCGCCAACCAUCGUAUCGUCGAGAAAGAGGUAUCCGCCGUUAUCUCCGGCGUAUCCGUGGCCGCCGAUUCUGAUCUCUCCCGCGAUGACGCUGUUCUCCAACUAAAUUCUCUUGUAUCCAGGUUGCAAGGCCUCAAAAGGAAGUUGGAAGAGGGGAGUCGGACGGAACACUUGCAAGCACAGAAAUGCCGAGCUAGGCUAGACCAUUUAGAAUCUGCAGAUGUUGAGAAUUUGCCAGAGUGGAAUAGCACCCGUUUGAAUCGGAUACUGGUGGAUUAUAUGUUGCGCAUGUCAUACUACGAAACUGCUGCAAAGCUUGCAGAGAGCAGCAAUAUUCAGGAUCUUGUUGAUAUAGAGGUUUUUCAUGAAGCAAAAAAGGUUAUCGUUGCUCUUCAAGAGAAGGAGGUGGCCCCAGCUCUGGCCUGGUGUGCUGACAAUAAAUCUAGGCUGAAGAAGUCGAAGAGCAAAUUUGAAUUCCAGUUGAGACUGCAAGAGUUCAUAGAGUUGGUACGAGCCGAAAAUAACCUGCGAGCUAUAACAUAUGCCCAGAAGCAUCUGUCACCUUGGGGAGCUACACACAUGAAAGAAUUGCAGCGCGUAAUGGCAACACUUGCUUUUAGAAGUAAUACUGAAUGUGCUAAAUACAAGGUUUUAUUUGAAGAAAAGCAAUGGGAUUACCUAGUCGACCAAUUUAAGCAAGAGUUUUGCAGAUUGUAUGGCAUGACUCUUGAACCUUUGUUGAACAUAUAUCUGCAAGCAGGCUUGUCGGCUCUAAAAACUCCAUUCUGUUACGAAGAUGAUUGCACAAAGGAGGAUCCUCUGUCACAGGAGAGCUUCCGCAAAUUAGCGCAGCCACUACCAUAUUCAAAGCAGCAUCAUUCGAAACUUGUUUGUUACAUAAGUAAAGAACUAAUGGAUACCGAGAAUCCACCACUCGUCUUGCCCAACGGCUACGUCUACAGCACCAAGGCUCUCGAAGACAUGGCAAGGAAAAAUAAUGGUAAAAUCACUUGCCCGAGAACUGGUUUGGUAUGCAACUAUACGGACGUUAUCAAAGCGUAUAUCUCGUAACUCUGUGAUCGGCUGCUGAUAGUCUGAUUUUCGCUCGGUUGCCAACUGGUUUGUUGAUUAUAUAUCUGUGUAGAAUUGCUAUGGCCCCGGAUAAUUUUCAUGCCAGGACUUGGUAUCCAACAUGUAUAUAAGCAAAACAGUGCAUCUGGAUUGAUUGUAGUUUUAACUAAAGACUAAUAAUAAUUCAAAUUGAAAGUACUGAUUCUAUCC